AUGUACCACGUCGAAGUCCUCCCCAACACAUCCGGCAAGGGCUCCCACGCCACGCCAGGCUGGACCUACGUCCCCGAUAAAGGCUUCGACCCAGCAAAAGCCGCCAUCGCACCUACAACCGGCCGCAAGCGCGGGAUCCGCGACCCAUCGCGAACGGACGUGUCCUCUCGCCAGGCGAACGCGAUCGUACGACACUUGGCAGAACUCGACCGAGAGAACCACAAGGAUGCGGCCAUUGCCAUUCCCGCGAGGAAGGAUUCCCAGCCUAGGGAGAGUGCGACGCGCGGGACAAGAACGAAAGUAACGUCGAACGUCCGCCGCAUUCUACAGUCGCAGAAGACGUUCCGGAAUUAUCUUGAUGAUGAGGAGGCGGCGUUGGCACAGGCUGCGUCCGCGGGGACGUCGAUGGCAGCGCAGCGGUUGCCUGCGGGUAGAGUCACGAAGCCUUCUUCAUUAUCGCGGCGGAGUGCAACGCCUGCUUCUGCGACGCCGAAACCAGAUUCCCGUGCGAAAAAAGAUAUCCCUGUUCGAUUAUCCUCUCAGAAACCAUCCGAUACCACCGCAUCCACAUCCACAUCCACAUCCACAUCCGCCGACGCCGACUCUCAGUCUCAGCCUCAACCUCGGCCCAAAGGAGAAGAGCACGACCCGAACGCUCUCAUCAAAUCCGAACACGACAAUGAUCCACUCCUGAAAUCAUACAUCCCGCCCGCUCCCUCAGAACGCCUCAUGCGCGCCCUCCUAUCCGAACCUCCGCUAUCAUAUAACGCGUCGCGCGCGGGCCCGCCUUUAACGGGGAAGGCUCCGCGGCGGUUCUGCUGUAUAUGCGGGUACUGGGGCAAGAUCCGGUGUCGGAAUUGUCAUCAGCGGACUUGUGGGAUUGAGUGUUAUAAGACGCAUGAGGAUUCGAGGUGCGGGGCAUUCUUCUAG